CUGGAAAUUCAAGGUGCCCUGGUCUUGUCAAACUAGCAAAAAUUGAUCAAAAAUUCGAGGCAUUUUUGCUCCACUUCAUUCUACUCAUCCCGCAAUCGCCCUUACAGAGGUAAUGCUUGUACCUCGACAUGUAUUAAGUGAUGGUUCUACCUCGACUUGUUUCGUGCAUUCAGACUCGUCAUCUUCGACUUCAUCGACAUCCUCAACAUCCUCAACCAUGCCUACUAUUAGUAUCAUUUCGACUAGCUCUUCUACCUCCUCCACUUCAACUUCAACUGAUUCUUCUACUACCUCAAUCCUGACAACAUCCUCGUCCACCUCGUCUUCAUCUACCGACGCACUAACAACGACGAGCUCUUCGUCCUCUAGCACCGACACGGCUUCACCUAGCACAGAAAGGGUGACCUCCUCGACUUCGAGCACUUCAAGCUCCAGCGGAAGCACCACAGCUACGCCCUCCACACCCAGCUCGAGCUCCUCUACCGCAAACACCAGCAGCGCAUCAUCUGCCAGUAGCACCAGCUCAUCAACCAGCAGCCUAGGAAGUUCAUCAACGACCAGCUCCAGUAUCUCUUCAACCAGCAGCUUGACAACCUCAUCUUCGAGCACCACAUCUCUGAGCAGCCUGGCCACAAGCCUCCUCAGCAUCAGCAGCACUCUCAGUGAUACCCUGAACAGCACCCUCAGCAGUAGUAGCAGCAGUACCUCCUCGCUUUCGCUCUCCUCGGCCAGUGUAUCUUCAAUCUCAUCCUCUAUUCUUCCCAGCAACUCCUCGACCAUCCCAAUCUCAACUUCCAGCUCCUUGACCAGCCCUGUCACCAUUGUCACCUCAUCGUCGUCCUCAUCAUCCAUCAUCGUGAUCUCGCCUACGGAGCUUUCCAUCACAACGGGCGGGACAAUGUCUGACCCGUCCAUCGGUCUAGCCUUCCCUGCUCCGUCCACCACUCCAUCCCCUACUUCAUCUCUCGCCCCUUCAACGUCAGCGAAUUCCACGACUACUAUCCCAGAUCUCGUCGGGGUUCCCUUUAAGCUGGUAAUUCUCGCAGCUGCCAACCCGACCAACCCGACCAACUCGGUCUAGACAUGGGUGUAUUUCUUGCAGUUCGUAUAGGGCGCUCUUUCGGGCCGUUAUCGUUUCUCAUUACCCCCCGAUCAUGUUCUUCACAAAAUCGUUUUUGAUGGGCGAUUGCCACACUUCAUCAAGGAGAAGUUGGGAUUACUCGGUCAUGAUUCAAGUAGUUGGGCGCUCCUUGUCACCUCACAUUCUCUGGCCCUUUUCCCAUCAUGAAAUACACAGAAUAUAAACACUCCGCGUUACCAUUCCCAUAACAAGCACCAAGUAAAACUUUUCCGGUUUUGAUCAAUGUACACCAUCCAUCUUGUUCGUUUAUACACUACUAUACUUCUCGAGCUGCGCGACACUCGAC